UACUACCAGGAGCUUCAGCGUGAUAUAGAGAAGCACAGCACCGGAGUGGCUUCAGUGCUGAAUUUAUGUGAGGUUCUUCUGCACGACUGUGACGCUUGUGCCACCGACGCGGAGUGCGACUCAAUCCAGCAGGCGACGCGGAGCCUCGAUCGCCGCUGGAGGAGCAUCUGUGCCUUGUCCAUGGAGAGGAGAUUAAAGAUCGAGGAGACGUGGCGCUUAUGGCAGAAAUUUCUGGAAGACUUUGCACGUUUUGAGGAGUGGCUGGCCGCUUCAGAGAAAACUGCAGCUUUGCCCAACUCAUCUGGUGUGCUGUACACAGUAGCCAAGGAGGAGCUGAAGAAAUUUGAGGCCUUCCAGAGACAAGUUCACGAAAGCCUGACCCAGCUGGAAUUAAUCAACAAGCAAUAUCGGCGCCUGGCCAGAGAAAACCGCACAGACGCCUCGUGUCGUCUGAGGGAAAUGGCUCACGAUGCCAAUCAGCGAUGGGACAACCUGCAGAAAAGGGUGGCAUCCAUCCUUCGCAGGCUCAAGCACUUUAUAAAUCAGAGAGAGGAGUUUGAGACGGCCAGAGACGGCAUCUUAGUUUGGCUGACAGAGAUGGACCUUCAGCUGACGAACAUCGAGCAUUUCUCAGAGUGUGACAUUCAAGCCAAGAUCAAACAACUCAGGUCGUUCCAGCAGGAGAUUUCUCUGACAACAGCCAAGAUCGAGCACAUYUUCCACCAGGGGGAAACACUGAUAGAGAAAAGUGAGCCACUGGAUGCUGCGGUCAUAGAGGAAGAGCUGGAGGAGCUUCAGCGUUACUGUCAGGAAGUGUUUGGGCGAGUCGAGCGCUACUACAAAAAGCUCAUUCGUCUUCCACUUGCAGACGAUGAUACYGAAGUAUCGUUCUCGGACCGYGAGCUGGAGUUGGACGAACCUGGAGAUUUGUCCAGCUUGCCGUGGAAUGAACGUUUGGGGGAUGGCUUCCUUUCACCCCUGCCCUCCUCCGGGCGCUCGGCCUCGCUGGCCGCCCAGCUUCGGGCCGAACGGUCCGGCAGGGACACGCCUGCGAGCGUGGACUCCAUCCCCCUGGAGUGGGAUCAUGACUAUGACCUGAGCCGUGGCCUUGAGAGUGCCAGCAGGGCCCUGAGAGAGCAGCAGAGCGAGGAAGGAGACUUCCUGCAGCGCCCCGCCUCUGGCCUGUCAGGUUAGCUACAGACGAAUGAAAUAAUUUGAAC